CAUCUUCAUCAUUUUGCCUUUGUGUUUCUUGCGUGCAGACGCGUUUUACCCGGAGCUCUUACCGCCGCGUAUAUUUUGCACUGUCCCCGGAUACUAUUACUAAUUCCGAGCAAAUCGAAGAGUACUAAAGUGUUUUGUGAAAAAAAAAUAAGUGUCGCCGCAUUUAGCAGAAAAACGAGCAGUUUUAGUCAGAUCGUAACGCCGACGACGACGCAGGAUAAAAGGUCACAAAUGCAGCAAACAACAGUUAAUCGCAAGAAAUGGCUGUUGGCUGUGAACGAGUCCCGAAUCAGUAUAAAUCCAAUCGUCGCCAAGAAAUAACACUAACAAAAUUACAGUGAAUGCGCACACACACACACACACAAUACACACACAUAUACACAAAAGCGCGCAAGGACGCACAACGAAUCAACCCACCAAUACGCACACAAAACAUUCAGACACACACACACCAGUAAAAGACAAAUGCAAACAGUGAGAAAAUCGUGAGGACAACAACAAAACAUUCAACAGACCCAAGAGAAAAAGGAAAGCCCCUUUUUCAUUUAUUCAUUACCGAUCAAACGAAGGAAAAAAAAUGUUCAGCUUUCAUAAGCCACGCGUUUACCGCUCCGCCGACGGUUGUUGCAUCUGCCGGGCCAAGUCGAGCAGCUCUCGCUUCACGGCCUCCCGCAAAUACGAGAAGGAGUCGGUGCUGUGCUUCAACCUACAGGAGCCGCGCAAUGGCGAGAUCUGCAACGCGUGCGUGCUGCUGGUGAAGCGCUUCAAGCGCCUGCCCGCCGACAGCAAGCGCCAUUGGGGUCAUGUGGUGGAUGCCCGAGCUGGUCCCGGCACCAAGUCCCUGGCCAAACAGAAAAAGCGCGAGAACGCAGAGGCUGGCGAAGGAGGAGUCGGCGGCAGCAGCUCUUUUAUACCCGAGAAGUUUGCGAAGAUCUUUAAGAAGAAUCGCAAGGGCAAGAUAACGGCCGUUCCAGGAGCAGUAGCGGAACCAGUCGCCAGGAACCAUCCACGUCAGAGCAGCUCCUCACCCAUGUCCGAGCACCAGCAGAGCGACUCUAACGAGAGCAACGACGAGGAGCACUUGCCUGUUCCCGCUUCGGUUACGGUUACUGCUACGGCUACGGGUGGGGGGGCACCACCGAUCCUGGCGGCGCCCUAUCAGACCAGAAAGCGGACGGCAGCCGCGUCGGCGGCCCAGGCCGAGCAAGGGAAGAACAGCAAGCGACCGAAGCUCACAGGUAGCAAGCGACGCUGCCAGCUGGCGCCGAAAAAGAAUCGACGGGCAGUGGACAAUGUGCCGUUCUUCGAAGAGAGCGAUCUGAUACGAUUAGAGGUCUGCUGCGGCACAGUCUUCCAGAGUCUGACUCUUGGCAUGUGUUGCUACAUCAUCGAUCCGAUGCUUUACAAGCCAUGCGAAAAGCACCAGCGCCUCAGGCGGCAGCAAGCGGAGAUGGCAGCCACCGCCGCAGCGGCCGCCAACGCCAAGCCAAAAAUGGUUCCUCCAGUUGCAGCUGCAGCUUCAGGUGCAGCACCCGUUGCGAUUCCAGCUCCAUCUCAAAAUCAAACUCCGAACCAAGGAAAUAUUGUGCAAAAUCCGAUGCCAGCUAUGAAAAAGCAUCAUUUGUUCUUUAAACGACAAUCGGAGUCCUUUCCACAGGGCGAUAUCCAUAGAAUAAGUCCCAUUCCACUGAACAAGACUGAAGUCACGGCUAUGGCUCUGCCACAUUCCACGACGGCCACCGCCACCGCCACCGCCACUGCGAGCUUGCAUCCGGGCAUGACCACAACAUCCGUCGGAGCGGCUUCACCCUCCUCGCUAUCCUCAUCGUCCAACUGCUCGACCUCGUCCUCGGUGGCCACCAAAUUCAACGACAACUCCUCGGAUUCUGGCUUCGAUGAGCAUGUCCUCGAGCGUAAAUUGAGCGUCAGUCCGCCUACAGAUGAUCUGAAGCAGCGCGGUGCCACGGCUGGUGGCAUGCAGCUGAUCCUGGCCAGCGGCUUGCCCAUAACUGGACAGACUCAGAACCUAGUGCUGGCCGGCAAUGAGUUCACCGCCAGAAUUGUGAAGCAGCGUCAGCAGCCGUCCGAGGUAGUGGUAGCGCCUGGAGCUGCACUAAAAAUCAACGUCGUUGGAGGAUCUCAGGGGAAUAGUAAUAAGAUUCGUGCAAUAUUCAACAAUGCCAACACCAUUCAGCAUGAGAACGGGGUGACCACCAUACUGCCGGCCUCCUCGCUGGCUGCCAGCAAUCAGACGGCUGCGAUGAAUGCCAUAGCCCCCAGUACGGUGACCAUAACACCGGCCAAGAAGGGUGCCACCACCACCACCACCACCGCCACUGCGGCUGUGGCGGCAGCCAAUGCCAAUCCCAAGUUUAUACUCCUCAAGUCGGCCAAAUUUGUUGGCCAGGCAGUGCCAGCAAACCCUCCAUCCUCCGCAGAGACAAAGGUCUAAAGCAAUCAAGAACGAGAGGGAGACGGAGACGGAAACGGAGACGGAGACGGAGACGGAGGAACCAGCGGAUGGAAGGGACUUGGCCAACUUGUUGAUCUAUACCUUAAAACAACAACAACAAACCCCUUUUUUUUAAAUCAUACUUUACAUAUCGUAAGAAACGCAAAAAAAAAAGAUUUAUAUAUUUAUUGAUUUAUUGAGAUUGAGAGACGCCACCCAGCAUCUGUACAUAUACGCCGCAUACGAUACGGUGGGCUUCGAGAAGCGUCCAAUGUUUAUACGAGUAAUAUUUUUGUACACGAUGAACGACGAAUGAUGCUGAGCCGAAUAAUACGUUUAUUUUUACUUAUUAUUUUUGUAUUUUGUUUUUUUUUUUUACUUUCAAUUAUAGAGAUAAUACUCAGUCGCUCCCCUCCCCCUCCCCACCGUAAUGCAUACAUGUAGGCGCAUAUGCAAAACCUUAAUUUAGAGAUUAGUUUAUGUAAAUAAGAUUAAGACCUCUCUUGGAUUUUUUUUUCCGAUUUGCUUGUCUAAUUUUAUACGGAGUCUCUCUAUAGACCGCGCAAUAUAGUCGUCUCGCCUGCUCCUCGACAGCCUGGUACAGGUUUAAUACCGUUAUAAAGGAGGUGCUGUCUCGUUUUGGACAGACCAGUACGUUGAAAACUGUGUGUUUCAUCAUUUGCGGAGAAGACGGACGACGGCAUUUAAUAUAGAUAUAUGCAGAUAUAUAUAUUCGUAGUAGUAGUAGUGCUGAUGUGUAUGUAGUAGUACAGUGCCCUAGUAGUAUGUAGACGAGAGAUGAAAUGAGCUAAGAAAAGUAACGACCGAUUACCGAUCCUUGAUCGAAAGAGAAGCAAUCACACCCCGCCCCCACUCACAAAAUGUAGCCUUAGGAAUGCGCCUCGAAAUAAAACAAGAAAUGAGACAAGAAAAUCCAUUAAUGAAA